AUUAAUGCGAUAGUCAAAUAUUUUAAAUAGCAAAUUAUGAUAAAUAUUACAAGCACGGAUCAACUCCGCCAAAAUAUCUAUAGUUAAAUCCUAAAGUACCUUAGUGCACAACAAUAUUUCAAUAUGUAAAGUUUAAUUAUAUUUUUUGAAUCAAAAUUUAGUCUUCUAAGUAGGUGCACAUAGACUUUGUACCAAUUCAUUAUUUUACCUAAAAUACCCUUUACCUAACCAUAAUCCACUUGUACGAUUCUCUCCUUCCUCCCUUCAACCACUUUCCCAUACACAAAACCUCCCUUAUAAAACCCCGUUCCAUUUUCCCCCUCUUCCUCAGGUACCCCAUCCACCAUCCAUCUCUCUGUCUCUCUCUCAAAACAAACAGAUAAAAGGUGUGCCCAAAACAAACAAAAUUACACACACAUUUUACAUUUUGUCCAAAUGGCUCUUUCAAAUACUAGCACUCCCAACUCCCUUUUCCCUAACAAAUCAUUAACUCAAAAUCAACCUCUUUUUCCUUCCCCUCUUAAAAAUGCAUCUUUCCCCACCGUUAGAUUCGUUCAACCAAUCUCAGCCGUUCAUUCUUCCGACUCUUCCAAAAACCCCAUUGUUUCCGACAAACCCUCUAAGUCCUCCUCUCCGGCGGCGGCCACCGUUACGGCGGCGGCUCCGGCGGUGACGAAGACGGAAUGGGCGGUGGAUAGCUGGAAGUCGAAGAAGGCUCUUCAGAUACCGGAAUACCCGAAUCAGGAGGAGCUUAGAUCCGUUCUGAAGACGAUUGAGGAGUUUCCUCCUAUUGUUUUUGCUGGUGAAGCGAGGAGCCUUGAAGAGCGGCUUGCUGAGGCGGCUAUGGGGAGGGCGUUUUUGUUGCAAGGAGGUGAUUGUGCUGAGAGCUUUAAGGAAUUCAACGCGAAUAACAUUAGGGAUACGUUUAGAAUUCUUCUUCAAAUGGGUGCUGUUCUUAUGUUUGGUGGUCAAGUACCUGUGAUCAAGGUUGGAAGAAUGGCUGGGCAAUUUGCAAAGCCAAGAUCAGAUCCAUUUGAGGAGAAGGAUGGUGUAAAGCUGCCGAGUUACAGGGGAGACAAUGUGAAUGGAGAUGCAUUUGAUUCCAAGUCCAGGACUCCUGAUCCUCAGAGACUGAUCAGGGCCUACUGCCAAUCUGCUGCUACUUUGAAUCUAUUGAGGGCUUUCGCUACGGGAGGAUAUGCUGCCAUGCAGAGAGUCACACAGUGGAACUUGGAUUUCACUGAGCAUAGUGAGCAGGGUGAUAGGUAUCGUGAACUAGCUAAUAGAGUGGAUGAGGCACUUGGUUUCAUGGCCGCAGCUGGACUUACAAUGGAACAUCCUAUUAUGAAAACCACCGAGUUCUGGACAUCUCAUGAGUGCUUACUUUUGCCCUAUGAGCAGUCACUAACACGGUUGGAUUCAACUUCCGGCCUUUACUAUGAUUGCUCUGCCCAUAUGCUUUGGGUUGGAGAGAGAACCAGGCAGUUGGAUGGUGCCCAUGUUGAGUUCUUGAGAGGACUUGCCAACCCUCUCGGUAUUAAGGUGAGUGACAAGAUGGAUCCAAAUGCAUUGGUCAAGCUCAUCGAGAUUUUGAACCCUCAAAACAAAGCUGGGAGGAUUACAAUAAUUACCAGAAUGGGAGCAGAAAACAUGAGGGUUAAGCUUCCUCAUCUUAUCAGGGCAGUCCGAAGAGCAGGGCAAAUCGUCACUUGGGUAUCUGAUCCUAUGCACGGAAAUACCAUCAAAGCUCCUUGCGGUCUAAAAACUCGACCUUUCGAUUCCAUCAGGGCUGAAGUAAGAGCAUUCUUUGAUGUUCAUGAGCAAGAAGGCAGCCACCCAGGAGGAGUCCACCUUGAGAUGACAGGCCAAAAUGUCACAGAGUGCAUCGGUGGAUCAAGAACCGUGACCUUUGAUGAUCUGAGCUCACGUUACCACACCCACUGUGAUCCUAGGCUCAAUGCAUCUCAAUCCCUUGAGCUCUCAUUCAUUAUCGCAGAACGUUUGAGAAAAAGGAGGCUUGGAUCACAAAGCGUAUUAGGUCAAUAGAUAUUUGGAAAUGUUCAAAUGUUGCUGCCUUUUAUAUUCCUUCUUCACUUAUAUUAUGAAUGCUUGUAUGAAAAAUUAUAUUUUCUUAAAACCUAUUUGGACGAUAUGAUAUGUUUACUGAAAUUGUUUUUGAUGUAAUGAGAGUUUGGUGGGACUAAGCAAUAAAGCAAGGAAGUUACUCUA